UGUUAGAUUCCGCAGACUAUAACCAAUAUAAAAGUUUCCCGUUCUUAAAUUAACUGAAACCCUAAAAACCCAUCGAAGUUAAAGGGAAAGAGUCGGAGAGAAAGAGAAAGGAGGGACCAAUGGUUAAGAAGGUACAACAGAACUAACGUGAAAGAAUCGAUCAGAUAUUUAAAAGCAGCUUAGAAAGUUGCUUAUCGGCCAGCUCGAAUUGGAAAGUCUCCUCUUUUGCUUUCUCUCUCUUCUCUAUCUCUUCCUCACUCUUUCAUUUCACAAGCAAGAAGAGCAAGAAAAGGAGAUCGAGUGCAAGGAUCGAAGAAGAAAGGUUUUGAGAGAUGGGGGGAGGCAAGAUUAAGAUCAAGAGGUUAGAGAAGUACUUAAGCAGGGGGAAUGGGAUCAUGAAGAAGGCUAAGGAGAUCAGUGUUCUUUGUGGUGCUAAAGUUUCGCUAGUUAUCUUUGCUAGCUCAGGAAAUAUGCUGGAGUACUGCAGCCCCUCAACUUCGCUGAUUGACAUCUUGGACAUCUACCAGAAGCUUUCUGGGAAGAGGUUGUGGGAUCCCAAGCAUGAGAACCUAAGCAAUGAAAUUGAUAGAAUCAAGAAAGAGAACGACAACAUGCAGAUUGAGCUCAGGCACUUGAACGGGGAGGAUAUCACAUCUUUGAACCAUAGAGAGCUCAUGGUCCUUGAGGAUGCCCUUGAAAAUGGCCUCAGCAGUAUCCGCGAGACGCUGAUGGACUACUGGAGGAUGACUAAGAAAAAUGUCAAGAUCUUGGAGGAGGAGAACGAGGCACUUAAUUUCGUUCUGUACAAGAUCUUGGAGGAGGAGAAUAAGGACCUUCAUUUCACUCUGCAACAACAGGAGAUGGCCAUGGAAGCAGCAAGCAGAGAAAUGGAUGAUGAUUAUGAGCAGAGGGUGAGGGACUACGAUUCUCAAAUGCCUUUGGCUUUCCGUGUGCAGCCUGUUCAGCCAAAUCUACAAAGGCAGAUCAACGAACAGGAUUGGUCUAAUGAAGGCUUCUCUCCGUCAACAGCUUCUGGAUCUGUGCCCUUUCAGUGCUUUCACUUGUCUCCAACAAAGAGAAGGAUCCCUCCGGCUGACGAGUCUAGUGUGAUGCAUGCCAUGUUACAUGACAUUUUUGACAUGCAACAUGUACGAGCAGAUGAAGGUGGGUCCGAAGUUGGUGUGCAAGCUGAAACCGUACAAGAAGAUCCAGAUGACUUUGAUGAGGGGGCAAGGAAGUUCUUUGAUUUGCUUAAGGGAAAAACCGCAAGUGCAAAUGAAAAUACGGAGGAACUGAUGUCGCAAGAUCCUCCAACAUCUAGAUUAUGUACGUACAAUGGCACAAUACCAUGGUCCUCAAAUGAUGUGGACGGACAGGUAAUGGGCCCUGAAUAUCUUGGGUGUGUCCACGGAUUGGGAUUGGGGCCAAGACCUGGCAGAUCCAGCUACAGUUCGUCUAGGGCCUCAACAUCGGCUUCUCAAGAUCCUGAACUUGCAAGUCAUAUUAAUGAACUGAAAGCUCAAAUGACGCAGAUGCAAAUAUUGCAUGAGGGUGAGAUGGCUCAAAUGAGAAAGUUGUUUGCCAUGCUUAUAGAAGGGAGUGCGCAUAGGAGUAAUGCGCCGAACAAUAUUUCAGACAUAAUAUCCCCACAUGUGAUACCCAAAUCAUCCAUGGGUAGAGGAGCAGGUGAACACUCAAAUGUGGGUGCUAACGAUAAUCAGGCGGAGAUGACAGCGAAAGACAGGCAGGAAGAGAUGGGGAGAGGCAAGAUUGAGAUCAAGAGAAUAGAGAACUCAACAAACAGGCAGGUGACCUACACAAAGAGGAGGAAUGGGAUCAUUAAGAAGGCUACGGAGAUCAGUGUUCUAUGUGAUGCUAAAGUUUCGCUUGUUAUCUUUAGCAGCUCAGGAAAGAUGCACGAUUACUGCAGCCCUUCAACUUCGCUGACUAACAUCUUGGACAAGUACCACAAGUGUUCUGGGAAGAGGUUGUGGGAUCCCAAGCAUGAGAAUCUCAGAAAUGAAAUUGAUAGAAUCAAGAAAGAGAACGACAACAUGCAGAUUGAACUCAGGCACUUGAAGGGGGAGGAUAUCACAUCUUUGAACCCUAGAGAGCUCAUGCUCCAUGAGGAAGCCCUUGAAAAUGGCCUCAGCAGUAUCCGCGAGAGGCAGAUGGACUACUGGAGGAUGGCUAAGAAAAAUGACAAGAUCAUGGAGGAGGAGAAUAAGGACCUUCGUUUCACUCUGCACCAACAGGAGAUGGCCAUGGAAGCAGCAAACAGAGAAAUAGAUGAUUAUUAUGAGCGGACGGGGAGGGACUAUAAUUCUCAAAUGCCUUUGGCUUUUCGUGUGCAGCCUAUUCAGCCAAAUCUACAAAAGAGGAUGUAAUAGUACUGUUGAUGGUGCAUGUCGCUAUAAUGUUAGCUUGCUAGCUAUCUUGAAAAAUAAAUUUAGCUCUCUAGUGUACUACUGUUUGUAAUAACCUUAAUAUUUUCCUGGCCGGCCUCCUUCUGCAAA